AUGUGCGACAUGUUACCGAUGCUGGAAGUAAAUUCUCUGUUCCCGUUCAACCCCAGUUUGAACGAUGAAAUCCAGCGGCUAUUCGACAUCACCCUCAACAUGAGGCCUCUACCAACUGUUGACGAGGUAAUGGAAGAUUUUCGGCACAAUGGUCGUGACUUCGAAUAUUGUCCAGAUGUGGAUGCAGACGUGUCAAAACAGAGUGCGUCACGGCGAAAGAAAAAUAAAAAACCCUUGCCAACAGAGUGCGUUUUCUGCAGAAACAACGGGGAAGAGGAAACGUACUAUCGGCAGCACUUGCUGAAAGACGUCGAUGGACGCGUUGAAUGUCCUGUUCUCAGGGCUUAUACGUGCCCGAUCUGUGGCGCAACUGGUGAUGAGGCACACACGGUUAAAUAUUGUCCAAGCGGUCCGUAUAAUCCCAAUCCCAUUAGCACAGCAAAUGCCUUUAAGCUCGCGAGGAACUCCACGGGCAAAAUAGCAAGGAGAAGUAAGAAGCAAGCAACGUUUUGAGCAUAUCAACAUCAACUGCUGACACGUCCCCAUCCAAGUACCGAAUUAGACAAUUUAGUUUC